AUGACGUCGGUACGACAGGCCGCGGAGAAAACUAUGCGAAAGGAUGCCGCGCGGCUGGCGGAUAAAGGUGCGCGGAUUCCGGCGGAGGCGACCGGAGACGUGUUGUGCGCGAGGGGGAAAAUCCUCAUGGAGGAAGAAGGGCCGGUCACGCUGCAAACUAAGGCGUCGCACAGUCUUUCGGGCGUGUACCGGGCAGAUCAGAGAGGUCAGUGGAGAGCGGGAGAGCUUUCUUCCGAGGCGGUAAUAAGUGUCCACGGCCAGAUGUGGCCGUCAAACGGGGGGCCAUCCGCAACCCGGUUCCGGAAGGCGCGAUUAACCAAGGCCAGACUCACGGAUUAG